UGGCGGGUGCCGAGCCGGGAUCUCCGCCAUGAGCAAGAUCUCCAAGUUCUUCAAGGGGGGCGGCUCGGCCGCCUCCAAGGGCCGCAGGGGUCCCUCGCCGCAGGAGGCGCUGGCCCGGCUGCGAGAGACUGAGGAGAUGCUGAGCAAGAAGCAGGAGUACCUGGAGACGCGGAUCGAGCGGGAGCUGGCGGUAGCCCGGCAGCACGGCACCAAGAACAAGCGAGCUGCCUUACAAGCGCUGAAGAGAAAAAAGAGAUAUGAGAAACAGUUGAAUCAAAUUGAUGGGACACUUUCGACUAUUGAGUUCCAGAGAGAGGCAUUGGAAAAUUCACACACCAACACAGAAGUGCUCAAGAACAUGGGUUAUGCUGCACAAGCUAUGAAAAAAGUACAUGAAAAUAUGGAUUUGAACAAAAUCGAUGAUUUGAUGCAAGAUAUCACUGAACAGCAAGAUGUUGCCCAGGAAAUUUCAGAUGCUAUCUCAAACCGAGCCAACUUUGGUGAUGAGUUUGAUGAGGAUGAGUUGAUGGCAGAAUUAGAAGAACUGGAGCAAGAAGAACUGAACAAGGGAAUGAGAGAUGUCAGGUUGCCAAGUGUUCCGUCCACAUCGCUGCCUUCUCGCCCUGCAUCGACCAGGAAACGAGCAGAGGAUGAAGAUGAAAUGAAGAAACUGGCUGCCUGGGCUUCAUAAGAGCAUGGUCUUUUAAAAACUCCAAACAUUAUAGUGCAGAAUGUGAAGAGCUGUACUGCUGUUUUAUAAUCUCACUGAUGUAGUGUGGUUGCAUUUCAUACAGGCUGGGGUUUUUUAUGGCAUGUCUUGCUGAGACUGGUGUUACUGCCAUAUUACCAAACUAGCUUAAAAACCAGCAAACAAAAUAAUUAAGUAGUUGCCUAAACCUUCAGGCAUAUAUUUUUUUUCAGCCUUGUCAAGAGAUUUGUUUUAUUAUUAGUAUCAGUUUUUAAUAGGUACUAUCUUACCAUAUCUGUUGGUUUGUAAAAACCUGUGUGCCUCACUUAUGCUCAAAGCUGGAUUAGUUUUUGAAAUGCGGAAGUUAAGUAAGUUGUCAGGGCCCUAUAACUAGAGGGUUAUUUGGUUCAGACUAUUUUAAUAUUAGCAAAACAACUUAAUACAUGUCCUCACUUGCAAGUUCUUUGAGCCCAAGAAUUACUAACAAUUCAUUUGGACAUGAAGAUUCAAAGUCUGCCGGGAGCAACUUACGGUGUCCUAGAUAUUAAGAGGAAGCUCUUCUGUAGGCUUAUUGAAGUGGGAUGUGUUACUUGUUUUGUUUUAACUGGACACAAUGUCCCAUGCAUUUCUCUAAGUCAACUUGAAUUGUAUUUUAGACUAUUUCUGACUAGGUUACAGAAUUACAGUGAUUGAGGAAAGCAAAACACUUAGGUUCUUACAGAUUCUUGCCAAACACUACUGAUUUGCAUUAACCCUGUCAAAAGUCCAAAAGAGAUUUGACCUUCCUGUAUUCUUAUCCUCUUCCUUGUCUUUCUAGGAUGAGUCUUUAUUUAGUGUGAUAAUACUCAUCCUCACAGAAGGAUUACAUUUUUAAUUAUAUAAUUUCAAAAUAAUUUUAAUUUCUGAGCAUCUGGUUCUUUUCUCUUACUCAGCUUGUAAAUGGCAAUAGUACCAGUGUGUUGCAUUUGCAGUUGCCUUUUUAAACCCUGGUUAAAAGCUGAUUCUGGGUUACUUGUGAAGUUGGUGUGUUACUGUCCAACUGACAGCGUUUUAGCCUGAGGAACACAUGCCACUCUUGAGUGCUAAACUAUUACAUAUAUGGAGAAAUUGCUGUUCAAAUGCAACCCAAAAAUUAAAUAGGCUGCUUUGUACUAACAAAGUAUUAAACAACUCUUAAGCUCUAUGCUAGUAGCCUGCUGUCCAACACAAGGAAAUAGUAAAACACUAUGGAGUUCUUUGGGGUGUAGGAAGCAGAGUCCUUGAUCUAGGCUUCUUGUUUUCAAAUGAAUUUAAAUUUAGUGGUGACUGAACCACCUGGGGAAUAGUGGUGGACUUGGUUUCUGUAGGUCUUCAGCAACAGAAGACUGACCCCUUCUCCUGCAGGCUUUAGCCUGUGAUUUGCUGGGUGUUCAGCUUCAAUAGGUUCCAGUAGCCUUCAGCUUAGUGGAUUUUAGGUUAAGUAUAAGCAAAUAUGUGUUUCUAGAUGUGGUCUGCUCAGAGCCUCUCAAGUUGAGCCCCAUGAAUAAAACCCAAGAUGUAUAAACCCUGUGGAGAGAUUGACUUUUUCAGAACUUUCAUUCUCUGUGGAGGAAUUGCUUUUGGAUUAUAUCUGUAUGACAGCUGAAUCAAAUCUUGCCACUUCCGAUAAUUUGCUUGCUGGAAAAAACUGUGCGUAUUAAUUCUGUCCUAAAAUUUGGAGGUACUAAGAAAAUUGUCCCUUUUUGUUGAGAGUAGAGAAAGUCUGGAAUUAUUUUUGUUUUAAAUACAAAAUAAAACAGAAAAAGAAAGGACAGAAUUGCCUUAAAUUUAAAAAUACAUUUUGAACUCUGUAGGAGUAGGAAACCAAAUACUAACAAAAUGCUACUUGGUUUUAAUGCUUGCUGAAAUUCAGCAUGAGAUGCUAGCUGAAAUCAAGAACAUUUAGGAAAAUAGAAAAUAUUCUAAAUUAUUUCAAACCCAUUUGCUAACCCUUCUGGCUUGAAUCCUGUGUUCAAAGUGUGUAGUUUAUGUAGGUCUCUGAAUUGGAUACGAAACAUAUUAGCACACACUGGGUGCAGGAUCAUGCGAGGCUGGCAGUGGUUCUGGACACUUCUGGUAUUUCUAAAUAUGAAGCCAUGCCUACAUAAUCCCAUGGUUAGUUUGGAAAAGCUGGCUUCCAGGCUCUGUUCUUGGUUGAAUUAGUAGUUUAACAGUGCUUGGCUCUUACGCAGCCCUUGGCAUUAUUUGGAGUGCUCUAUAACCUAAUGGAUCUCUAAACUUCCAAUUUGAAACUAAAGUGACUUUAAGUCUGCUUUGGAAAAUGUGUGCCUGCUGUUUUUGAAUAAGAAUUUUCCAUGUGAACACCCCUCACUGGAGACAAAAAAAUCCUGUAGAGAUCUUCUUUGCUAACCAGUGUUUGACUUCCAGCAAUGUUUGGCCAAGUGUUGAUCCUGAAGGAGCUUCAGGUGCGUUCAGUUUAUUAAUCUCAGACCAAGCACUUUCAAACAUUUUGUUUUUAAAGGUGAAAUGAAACUCCAUGUUCAGGUGAGCUGCUCUGUAGGCUUAUGUAUAGUGGCUGGUGAUCCUGAAAGACAGACUUAUGUACCAGUUCAUAGGCCAGGAUGUGAGGUUGGUGAAAUUGUACUCAGAAACACUGUAGUGAUGUACAGAAACCAAAAUACACCAUAUGGACCUCCAUAACUGCAGUGUUUGUUGCCAUAUUUUUUUGGGACACCCAUUUUCUUCAAGGACAAAGGGGCUGCAGGGAUUUAACUCAGCUGAAGGAGUGGUGCUUUCCUGUGUAAAUUCAGAUAACAGUGGGACAAAUGGCUCUUUCUUCUUUGAACAUAUACCUCUCUUCACGCCAGGAUGGUAUUUGUUUAGUAUGUAAGCAGUCGAGAGUGAAUAGUGUCAAUGUGUUAUUGUAAAUGUACCCUAUUAACUGGAACAUAUUUUACUGGAGGACUAUGGUAGCAGAUGGUGUACUGUAACUGACUUCCUUCUUGUUGCUUAUUUAUUCUGAGAUUGUUUUUUCUCCUAACAGGCUUAGAAAUUUUUAACCUGGAUAACUUUAAA